AUGUCCUAUGAUGAAAAUGAUUCGUUAUCGAUUUCAAUUCUUAAUGGAACAACUAAUGCUACAAAUCCUACACAGGCUGUUUUGAUUGCGUUUCAAAUAGGUCGUACAAUAUCUUGUCUUUGUAUAGUCGGUGGUAUUCUUGGUAAUAUAACACUUAUUUUCACAAUUAGUCGUUCAUCAUUUUUAUACUUUCCUUAUGGUCUUUUACUUUUAUUUAUUUCAACAUUCGAUAUAAUUCGUCUUAUAUCAACAAUAAUUUAUUAUUUACUGCAAGGAAAUAUAAUUCCAUUAACAUUAUCAACUUUAACAAUCUAUGUAACAUUAUAUCGUUAUCCAAAAAAUGUUACAAAUUGGUUAAAAGUAUUUUUAGCAAUUGAAAGAUUUAUUGCUGUUAAAUAUUGGAUUAAAAAUCGUUAUAAUAUUCAUUCAAAUCAUGCCAAAACACUCAAUCGUUUACGACAACGAAAACUUCUAUUAAUAAUUCUUAUUUUACUUCUAUGUAGUUUAAUAAGUCAACAUCCAAAUUUGAUUCCAUAUCGUUUUAUAUCAACACGUAUUGAUCCAUUACGUUUACUUAUUGUUAAUAAACCUAAUCCAAAUUUUUAUUAUGCUAAUCAUUUAUUUAAUGGUAUUUUAUUUACUAUAAUUAGUUAUAUUAUACUUGAUGAUCUCUUACCAAUUAUAAUAUUAAUUAUCUGUAAUACAUGUCUUCUAUAUCAAAUAAGACGUUUACCAACAAUCACAAGUAAAAAAUUAGCUGAUUCAAUAUAUAUCCUAUUUUUUCUAACAAUAUUUUCAAUAUUUAUUAUACCAAGAUCAUUUCUAGUUGUCUUUAAUUUAUAUACAAAUCCCGAAUAUAUUAAUGAUACGAUUAUUUCAGUCGUAUUUCAUUCAUUUCAAGGUCUUGAAAUGAUUAAUAGUGCAAUUACGGGUUAUACAUGUUUUUUAAGUUGUCGUGCAUUACGUAAAGAUUUAAUACGAAAUCUUCAAAUAAUAUUUCAUCGAAAUAACAAUGUAUUAAAAUCAUCUAUAAUUGAAUUAAAAACUGUAUCACAAGAACGUUCAUAA